GUGCCACACGAGGAGACGAAGCCUACACCAGCACGCGUACAUCCCGCAGGGCCCUGCGUCGUUGCAUCCAGUUGGAAAACCAUGGACGCGGGACGUGGUGGUGGCGGAAGAGGCCGCGGCAGUAGAAGAGGCACAGGCAGAGGAAGAGGAGGAGGGCGUGGAAACAGCUCCGAUCGAGGUGGUGGUCGUGACGGUCGUGGUGGCCGUGGGAGGGGCGGCGGCCGCGGAGCAGGGAGAGGUGGAGGUCGGGGGCGUGGCAGUAGCGGACGCUCGAACGGAGCUGCCCCCAAGGAUGAAAACACGAAGCCUAACUCUGCCGAUGAUGUAGACGGCAAGCGAAAGCGGUCCUCUGACAGCAAGGGAGCUGGCGGGAGAGGCAGGGGCCUCGGGCGUGGUGAAGGGAAGGCGGGCGGCGGGAGAGGGAACAACAAGAAGGAGAGUGGUGGCGGAGGAGAGGAAGACAAGGGUCCAGCGAACAAGAAGCGGAAGCUCAAGCUCGAACGGCAGCAGCAACGCCCUCAGUUCGACACCGUAAAGAGGUCGAAGGAGAUAUGGAACAAGCUAAGGGAGCGCAAGGUCCCCCCCGAAGAGCGAGCGAAACUUGUUCAAGAGCUGCUGCAACUGAUCAAGGGGAAGGUGAUGGACAUCGCGCUCAAGCACGACGCCAGCAGGGUGGUGCAGACCGCGCUGCAGUUCGGGAACCAAGAGGAGCGCCUGUCCAUCCUCACGGAGAUCGAGGGUCACAUCGCCCAGCUGUCGCAGCUGACGUACGCGCACUUCAUCGUCUUGCGCCUGUUCAAGGAGAUCAAGGGCGCCGAGGAGCAGAAGCGCGUUGCCAAGACCUUCAGGGGGCAGACGGUGAAGCUGGCGACCCACGCGAUCGGCGCGAGGGUGGUGCAGACCGCGCUCGACUCACUCCCGGUGGCUUCGGCCGCGCUUAUCAAGUCGGAGUUCUACGGCAAGGAGUACGCCUUGUUCACGGACGACAACCAGCCCCACAGUCUCAAGGCGGUUCUGAAGGCCAGGCCUGACAGGCGUGCUGUCGUGAUGGCCCACGUGAACGGCGUGAUCGCAAAGCUGCUGUCCAAGGGCCUCAUGAAGUUCGAGUUCGCCCAUGACCUGCUCUGGGAGUACAUGCAAGAGGCCACGCCUGUGCAGAUGCAGGAGCUUGUGCCGCAGCUGGUGGACUCGUACAUUCUCCUCCUGUCCACCCGCCCCGGGUCGAUGGCGGCGGCGAUGUGCGCGGCGCACGGGGGCGCCAAGGAGCGCAAGAGGAUGAUGCGCGCCCUCAAGGGAUACGUGGCCGCCUCGCUCAUGCACAGGGAUGCCUACAUCGCCGUGAUCAGGCUGGUGGAGUCGGUGGACGACACCGUCACCUGCCAGAAGGCCAUCCUGGCGGAGCUCCUCAAGCCGAAAGAGGUCACCCCCAAGACUACCCCCGCCGGCAACAGCGUCCCCAAAGCCGGCAAGGGCACCAGCGCGGAGGAGUGGGUCCCCCGGGGCACCACCGCCCCCAAGGGAAACUCCGACGGAGGCGUUGCUGCUGCGGGAGAUGGUGUCACGGGCAUGGACGUAGAGGGAGAGGAGGAGAAGGAGAAGGAAGAGGAAGAGGACGACGAAGAGGAUGAGCAUGAGGACGGAGGGGAUGAGGACGAAGAUGAGGAGGACAAAGAUGAGGAGGACGAAGAGGGAGAGGAGGAAGCGGAAGAGAAGAAGGUGGAGGGCGAUGCGAUGGAGGAGGAAGAGGAGGAAGCGGCCGCCUCUCCUCGGCUCCCGCUGGUGGGCGUGAUGUGCCACAAGAACGGGUGCAAGCUGCUGCUGAGGCUGCUCGCGCCGGACCACACCGGGUACCUCCACCCCGAAGAGCUCGAGCUCCUCAAGCCCACCAUGGUCCCCUCACCCGCUGCCGCAACAGCAGCAGCAGCCGCCACCGGGGAAGACGACGACGAGGACCCCAAGGCAGGGGGGGAGGGGACAGAAGUUCCUCUCGUCCCCUCCUCAAGGAAGGAGGCGUCGGUGAGGAGGAGGGAGCUGCUGGCCUUCCUGAGGGAGCCGCUCAGGGAGGCGUGUGCGACUCACGCGCCGAUGCUCAUGAGGUCGAAGUGCGCCGGGUCGGUGGUUCUGCUGGAGGCUAUACGGGCCAUAGGAACCCCCCAGGUUGUCGCCGCCGUGGUCAAGGCUGCGUGCGGUAAGCCGCGCGUGGGGAAGCUGCCCAUGCAUGAGGACCCUUCGGCCCACCUCUUCAUGAAGCAGCUUCUCGAACGGGAGGCCGAAGCCCAGAAGGCAAAAGACGGAGCAGAUUCUGCUGCCGACACGUCGGACACCCUUUCGUUCGCGGACGCCCUUCUCGAGAAGGCAGGCGGGCAGCUGUCCGCCUGGAUUUCGACGAACCGAGGCGCUUUUGUGGUGACCGCUCUUGCGGAGGUACCUAGCACGGGCGCCGCGGUGCGGGAGGAGCUCGGGACGAAGGCGGCCCGGGCGCGGCUGGUGAUGGAAGCGACGGAAGGCAACAACAUGGGAACCAAGGUCUUGGCAGAGCGGCUGGGUUUCGGGGAUUUCGGCGCGAAAGAAGCCGCAGCCAAGAAGCGCAAGCAAACAGAGAAGAAGCAUUAAAUUCAGGGAGGACAGGAAUCGCGUGAACUCGUCCAAGGUGGCGGAGACGGGCAGUUACGGGGGUGGGGUUGUGCUGCACGUGUGCGGGAGGGGCAGGGGUGUUACUCGUGCUGCCUUCACGCAAUGGGGGUGACCAUGGUCUCAACAACAGUGACACCAUAACCACCAGCAGCAUCACCAACAACAAUAACAUAGAAGUGCGUACUACAGGGCUGAUCGAUCAAUGCGUGAUGCUCCGGAGCGCCGUUACGACUAAACGGCUAAAAUAAUGCCUGUGAUUUGCCGACGGCUGGGAGCUCAGAUUUGUUUGAGUUUGGCCUUGUCUUGAGAGUCGGUUUUUUAUGUUGUUUCUUCACGUGAUGCGAUCCUAACGUAGAGGGAGAGUCCUCUGUUGGAAGUUCUUGGGAGGAUCUGAUGUUCUUGCGGAGGUCUCAUGGGCGCAGGGCCACUGACGGACGGGUGUAUUUGGUGUUCAGCUUCGAAGCGGCAGGAGGUUCUGCUGGUUUUGAUGGGUUCGUGAGUCGGGUUCCAAGCUAGAACCUAGACCGCUAGAUGGUAUGUGCGUACAUCUCGGACGAGAGGGCAGCCGUGUGGCCUCCCGAUCGUUAUGCUCCAGACAUACGCUUAAAGAGGUUUGUGACUGAUGCUACGGUAGGGGAGUGUGCACCCUGAAAUCUUGCACUUUUGGAAGAAAUCGUGCAGUCCUGUUCCGGUGAUCUUACGACGAAAUAGGACGUGGCCAAUAUGUAGGUUUACGUAAAGUGUGUCUCUCUAUCCGGAAUGGUAAGAUGGCGUGAACCGCCUACCGUAGCACCCACUCUGUAUUGGCACUCUUCGUCAGCAUCAUGAGUACCCCGCAUAACGGCCAGGUUUACUGUUGAGUGGGUUGUGUACAUCGCUUUCUGGGCGGUAUCUAGAAGCAGGCGGGUGGGUGGACCACAUCAGCCGGGUCAUAAUUUUCGCGAACCCCCUAUUUUUUGUUCUGGAUGUCGGUCUCAAGACUUUCGUUACCAUAUUGUUACAUCGGAGGAAGGUCACGCGUUUUUUUGUUUCAUUGAACACAAAAUUAAGG